UCGAUUGGGAGAAUACUUCUCCCAAACAAGUCGAGAUUCCUUUCAAGCCUGCUCGUGUUCUCCUGCAGGAUUUUACUGGUGUACCUGCUGUGGUUGACCUUGCUUGCAUGAGGGAUGCUAUGAACAAGCUUGGCUGUGAUUCUAGCAAGAUUAACCCCUUGGUUCCAGUGGAUCUUGUUGUUGAUCAUUCCGUUCAGGUGGAUGUAGCAAGAUCAGAAAAUGCAGUGAAGGCAAAUAUGGAUCUUGAAUUCCAGAGGAACAAGGAGAGAUUUGCUUUUCUUAAAUGGGGAUCUACUGCUUUUCAUAACAUGCUUGUUGUUCCUCCAGGCUCUGGUAUCGUGCAUCAGGUUAACCUGGAAUACCUUGAUCGGGUUUUAUUCAACACUGAUGGCCUGCUGUACGCUGAUAGUGUGGUUGGAACUGAUUCCCAUACAACUAUGAUCGAUGGGUUAGGAGUUGCUGGAUGGGGAGUUGGAGGAAUUGAAGCAGAGAUAGCAAUGCUUGGCCAGGUAUGUUUAGAAAAUUGUCAAUGAAACCUGGUAGUUUGU